GUCAUGAUGACACCACCGGAAGUCCUUUCGGCAUAAGCGUCAGCUGAUAGCAGGAGAAACACAUCGUCCGCAAGCGAUCAAAGCACAGGAUGUCUGCCUACCCCAAAUCCCACAAUCCUUUCGCCGAUGAUGAUGACGAAGAGGACCUGAAGCCUCAAAAAGGCUUCAACUUUGAUGACGAUCCGGAGGAGAGUUCCCUGAGCCCGGCGGAGAGACGGCAGCGACAGCUGCAGCAGGAAGUGAUGCGCACAGCGCAGUCGGCUGUGGACAGCAGCCACCGCUCGCUCGGACUCAUCUACGAAUCUGAGAAAAUCGGAUCCGAGACGGCGGAGGAGCUGAUUCGUCAGGGCGAGGCUUUGAAAAGGACAGAGAAGAUGAUUGACAACAUGGAGCAGGACAUGAGGACGAGCCAGAGGCAUAUAAACACCAUUAAGAGUGUGUGGGGUGGCAUGAUCAACUAUUUCAAAGGCAAACCUGAACCUCCCAAAGCAGCACAAAAAGACCAGCCCGUGUCCUACGAGGCCAACAGCAGGUUACAGAAUGCACUUGCGGAGAGCAAACAGCAGGAGGACAAAUAUCAAGCCAGCCAUCCCAACCUCAGGAAAAUGGACACAUCUGGAUUCGGAGCAUCUGCUUCGCUGGACAACGGGCCGUCCGAUCAGAACGGAUAUCCCAAGAACAAACAGCUACGGGACGCCCAUCAUCAGCUGGACAGAAACCUCGAUGAAAUGGCGUUGGGUUUGGGUCGUCUGAAGAAUCUGGGUCUGGGGCUGCAGUCCGAAAUCGACGACCAGGACGUUUCUCUGGACUCUUUGCUCAAUAAGGUCGACACAAUGGAUGGCAAGAUCAGCUCCACCAACCGGCAACUCAAAAACCUCAAAUAGACUCCCAGUGUGAUGUCAUUUCCUCAAGGUGUGGCCUAAGUGAUCCAAAACACCUGCUUAGAAACAUUUCUGGUUUGAUUUUCAGGGGAAGUGUGUGUUUGUGUGUAUGCGAAAAGGUUAGAAGAAACGUGAGGUGGUUUGAGAAGUUCAGCACACAUUUCAGUUCUGCCUUCAUUUAAUCGUCACUUAUUUGACCUGGAUUGUACAUAAGCUUUGAGCUAAAAAUGUCACACGUAAGAAAAGUCUGUUAGAGACUUUUCAGCGAGUGCUUUCCGAAUCACCAAAUACCAUGCACUCCUUAACUGAACACAACUGCAACAUGACCUAGUUUAGAAAAGUUAUUCCCAAGAGAAAUAUGUUUUUAUAAUGAUGUAUCCUUGUUUCCCAUGUGCUUUCAUUUCACAUUAAUGGAGUACUGUGUAUACAUGUUAUCAGAAAUAUACUGAGCUGCCUUAAAGUUCAUUGAUUUCAGAUGUUUUCUCAUUGCACUGUUGCAUUUCACCACAGUCUAUUUACAGUCACUGUUGUGAAUGCAACAUAGAAUAUCCACUAACCUGAGGGCAAAUUUAUGGUAUUUUUCUUUUGUUGUUUUCUGUUUUGGGUAUAUAUAAAGGUGGCUUUGUGUGGUAUACCAGACUGAAAACCUGUGAAUGUUUCACUAUUGUUUCUGAAUCUGUGAAUCAUUGUUCAAAUGUUGUACUCCUAUUAAAGCAAACAAUUUCUGUCUGCUAAAUGUGACAGGUGAACAUAAAUAAAAUAUGUUUUCACUGAGAA